AUGGCGGGGAGGGCUAAUUCUUCAUCUAGCUGGGUGGUGGAGAUGGAGAAACUGCUCGAGGACACCAGGCCAUCGGUGGAGAUGGAGCGGUGGAAGCAGCGCUCCAUCUAUCGGGUACCGGAAUUUAUCAAGAAGAUGACCAACAGAGAUACCUACCAGCCGCAGUUCGUAUCGCUGGGCCCCUUGCACCACGGCGAGCCCCAUCUCGUGCCCAUGGAGGAGCACAAGAGGCGGGCGGUGCUGCACACCAGGAAGCCUCUAACGGAGUUCGUCGCUGCAAUCGAGGAAGUGGCAGAUGAGCUCGAUGCCGUCUACGAGGACCUUGACGAUAGAGUGAACAGGGGAAGCUUCGUGCAGAUGAUGGUCACGGAUGGAUGCUUCCUGAUUGAGCUGAUAAUGAUAGAUCAAAGUCCAGAGUACAAGAAUACUGAUUACACGGACAACGACCCCAUCUUCAGCAGGAGCAGCUUUAUUAAUUUGUUUCCAAUAAUGAAGAACGAUGUGAUAGCGAUGGAAAACCAAAUACAUCUAGUCGUUCUGCAGAGGAUCUUAUUUGUUGCAUGCAAUGGCACACCUCCGAGCGCUGGAGAGAUCAACAAUAUGGUCCGAAGUCUUCUGGAGGUCCCUCUCUUCGAGGAAGGCGUGGAGAAGCUGGGCCUCCACUUCUUGGACAAUUUUCACAAACAGCGCUGUGGCACCACUUCACAUUGGGAAGGAUCGGACAAAUAUGAGCCUCGCACUCCCAGUGCAGUUGAGCUGAGCGAGGCAAUGAUUCAGUUCAAAAAAAGCAACACUGAAAGCAUCCACGACAUUGACUUCAAAAAUGGUGUCCUCAGCAUGCCGAUGUUCACGUUCCAUGAUCAAACGGAGGUGGAGCUCCUCAACCCGAUGGCAUUUGAGUGGCUACAUCCGGACGCCAAGCACGAUGUGAGGUCCAAAGGGUUCUUGGUAAACAUGAUAGGCAGCGACAAGGUGGUGGUGGAGAUGUUCAACACCCUCACCAAGUUAGUAUGGACGCCAGACGAAGGCAGCAAGCUAGGCCACAUGCAAUGGAAGGUGAACGACCACUGCAGGAAGCGCCGGAACAAAUGGCGUGCCAUGUUCAUGAACAACUACUUAAGCAACCCCUGGGUGUUCAUUUUGAGGGACUGA